GAGAGAUGUCCACCUCCAUGGGAGGCCCUGCCCUGCUGUGGGUAGCGUUGCUGCUCUUUUCUCCAGAUGGCAUGCCAGCAGCCGCCUGGAAGUCUAUGGUGUCCUUGAACCCACCCUGGAAUAGAAUAUUUAGAGGAGAGAAUGUGACUCUUACAUGUAAUGGGAACAAUUCCCUUGACGUUAACUCCACGAAGUGGACCCACAACAAUACUGUGCUCGCAGUCACAACUCCAAGUUUGGACAUUGUGAAUGCCACAUUCCAGGACAGCGGGGAAUACAGAUGUCAGAGGAGCAAUAACCUUAUCCCAAGCCAACCGGUGUAUCUGGAAGUCUUCAGCGAUUGGCUGCUCCUUCAGUCCUCUUCUGAGGUGGUACUGGAGGGUGAGUCCUUCCUCAUCAGGUGUCACGGUUGGAAGGAUAGAAACGUCUUCAAGGUGAUUUACUACAAGAAUGGCCAAGCACUGAAGUACUGGUAUGAGAACCACAACCUCUCCAUUACCAAUGCCACCCUGAAUGAUAGCGGCAACUAUUACUGCACAGGCAAAAUUUGGCAGAUGAACUAUACCUCUGAAUCCCUCAAGAUUACUAUAAGAAAAGAUUCCAGCACAUCUCACCAAAGCAGCUACUACCGGCAGCAACUCCUUAUCCCAGUUUUGGUGGUGAUCCUGUUUGCUGUGGACACGGGGCUGUUUAUCUCAACCCAGCAGCAGUUCACAUUCCUCUUGAAGAUCAGGACCACCAGAAAAGGCAACAAAUCUAUGGACCCACAGCCUAAGCCAACCCCCCCGAAGAAGUGACGUCACUGCUCAAGAAACAUUUGCAACAGCAAUUUCCUUCUGGCAUCCGCUAUUGCUUCUGUUGUCACACCCAACUCACAAUGUCCAUAGAAAAAUCUGUGUUCAACUGAACUGCUCACUAAACCAAAUGACACUGGUUAAGUGGCAUGUAAUAAUAA